AUGAUAACAAAGGGGUCAGACCUUGGAGAAUACCAUGAUCAGCAAGAAAGUCAGGCAGAGCAUCCACAGGAUAUACCAUUGAGCGACCUAAACCACCAAUAUCCCUCGCAAUCUUCAUGUCAGCCCGACGAUCGCAACGAUAAUGACGACGAGGACGACCGCUCCAGUGUAGAGUCAUUCGAGCUGUAUACGCCAGACGAAGAAAAGUCUCUCCUCAGGAAACUGGAUACCCGCCUAGUAUUGUUUCUAGCAUUCUUGUACAUGCUCUCGUUCCUCGAUAGGUCAAACAUCGGCAAUGCCAGAGUGGCGGGCAUGUCGAAAAGCUUAGAACUCAACCCGGAACAAUUCCAAUGGCUACUAACUGGAUUCUACAUCUCUUACAUCUGUUUCGAAUGGAUGACACUACUAUAUAAGAUCUUUCCACCACACGCUUACAUAUCGUUAUGUGUUUUAGCAUGGGGAUGUCUCGCAUCUUUACAAAGUGUCACCACGGGAUUUGGCUCUGUGCUGAUCCUACGAAUACUACUAGGAGUCUCUGAAGCGGCAUUUGGUCCGGGAGUACCUUUCUAUCUAUCCUUCUUCUUCAAGAGAAACGAACUUGCCACUAGGACUGGCAUCUUCAUCUCUGCUGCACCUCUGGCCAGCAGCUUUGCAAGCACCUUGGCCUAUGCUAUUGUCAAAUUCGGCAAGGACACUGCCAUUGAAAGUUGGAGGCUUCUUUUUAUCAUAGAAGGCUUCCCAAGCAUAGUUGUCGCUGCGUGGGCUUGGUGGGUGAUUCCAGACUCACCUUCGACUGCACCGUGGCUGUCAGCUAGAGAGCGAAGAAUAGCAACCCUGCGUUUGAGAAAGCAAACGAGCGUAACUCAAGCGCAUACUCUGGGUACAUCCAAGGCAAGAAGAUUUGAUUGGUCUGCCGUGCGCAAUACUCUCUGCGAUCCAAAGAGUUAUAUGACCGCCGGCUGCUUCUUCUCCCUCAACGUUGCCUUUUCCUCGAUGCCAGUAUUCGCACCGAUCAUCAUACAGAAUAUGGGUUACUCGGCCACAAAAGCUCAGGGUUUGGCCGCACCACCACACCUUUUCGGCUUUGUGGUUGUGCUUCUCACCUCAGUAGUUUCUGACCGACUACAGUCUCGUUCGAUACCCAUCAUCGUCCAUGCGAGCCUUGCGCUGUUGGGUUACAUGUUGCUUGCACUUGCUCCAACAUUGCAUCUGUCAUCCACGGCCCAAUACCUGUGUAUCUACCCUAUAACCGCUGGUUUCUUCAGCGCCGUUACGACCGUUAUUGUUUGGACAGUCAAUAACCAGCAAAGUGAAGAAGGACGUGGCAGCAAUGUUGCUCUGCUGAACGUUAUAGGCCAACUAGGUCCUCUCGUGGGCGUACGACUUUACCCUGACUCUGAUAAGCCGAAUUAUACAAAAGGGCAUGCUCUGUGCGCCGGCUUUAUGGCGUUGGUGGUGUUCUUGGCUACAGUGCUGAGGCUUCUUCUUGCCAGGGCAAACAAGUCCUUGCGUGCAACUCGAAGUUUGUCGCAAGCCGACGAUGCAGACAAACCACUAGUGGGGGACUACAAUGUUGGUAUGGAUGAAUUCGAGUACAUGCUGUAG